CGUCUACCCCGGGCAUCGAGUCGAUUAACUUCAAAAACAUGUGGUCGAUACUUCCACUGCUCUCGCUGAGUGCUCUGCUCGUACCUGUUCAAUCAUUAUAUUUCUACAUUGACGGCACGUCACCAAAAUGUUUCUUCGAGGAGUUGCCAAAGGAUACGCUCGUGGUUGGCAAAUACGUUGCGGAGGAAUUUGAUGAGAACUCGAAGCAGUGGUCAAAACACGACGGGUUGAAUAUCUUCAUUACAGUCGAUGAAGUAUUCGACAACGACCACCGCGUCGUAACCCAAAAAGGAUCAUCAUCAGGUCGCUUCACAUUCACAGCAGCCGACGCAGGAGACCACAAGAUCUGCUUCCUGCCCUCCUCCAAUUCCGGCAGCUCAGGAUGGCUAUCAGCUUUACACCCCUCAGGCGGCAUUAAGCUGACCUUGGAUCUGGCAAUUGGAGAGACGAGCAACAUCGAGAGCACAGACAAGGGCAAGAUCCAAGAUAUUGUGAAGAGAGUCAAGGAUCUCAAUGGCAGACUACAGGAUAUCAGACGUGAGCAGGUAUUUCAGCGGGAACGCGAGGCCGAGUUUAGAGAUCAGUCCGAGUCAACGAACGCACGAGUGGUUAGAUGGACAUUGGUUCAAUUGGUCGUGUUGGGCAUUACAUGUGCAUGGCAACUUUCUCACCUAAGGUCUUUCUUCAUUAAGCAGAAAUUGACAUAGAGAAAGGAGGGAGUGGUUAAGAUAGGACUGAGAUAAAAAUGAACUUUGUAAAGUAUGGAAUAGGUAGCACGGCAGGCUGGAGUCAAUCACUCUUGCACUAGAAACUUCACAUAAUGAGAUCAAUUUCUGGGCAA